GUAUCCUCACUACUACUGAACACGAUGAGCACCGAGUGGCGCGACGACAAGAGCGACAGAACGGCCAUCACGCCUGCCCCGCCCGCCCCUAGCGUGGCGAAGCCGAAGAAGGGUGACGCCGGCGACAUCGAGACUGGCUCCGGCGUGGAGGUGUCGGGCGUGGUGCACGACGCCGUGUUCGGCGACAUUGUCGAGCAUGGGCCUAACUUUAGAGCUGUAAACGGCUGGGGCGCCUUCGUGCUCAUGACCAAGGCCAACCUGGGCCUGGGCGUGCUCGCCAUCCCGGUCGUGUUCAGCACGCUCGGCAUCGUCCCGGGCAUCAUCGUCAUCGUCGUCAUUGAGGCGAUUCUCAUGUAUUGCGCGUCCUUCCUCGGCCCGUUCAAGAUCGCCCAUCCCGAGGUGUAUGGCCUCGCGGAUGCGGGGUACGUGUUCGGCGGGCGGUGGGGCAAGGAGAUCUUCUAUGCCAUCUUCUCUAUCUUCAUGGUCUUCUGCACGGCGUCCGCCAUCGUCGGCGUCAGCACUGCGCUCAACGCCAUGUCCUCCCACGGCGCAUGCACGGCCGUCUUCGUCGUCGUGGCCGCCAUCGCGGGCUUCCUCCUCGGCUCCAUCCGCACGCUGGGCAAGGUGUCGUGGGUCGGCUGGGCGGGCAUCACGAGCGUCAUGGUCUCCAUCAUCGCCCUCACCAUCGCUGUUGGCGUGCAGGAGCGCCCGAGCGAGGCGCCGCGCACCGGACCAUGGGAUAAGAAGUUCCAGGUCGUCGGCAAGCCCUCGUUCGCGGGCGCGAUGACUGCGAUCAACAUUAUCUUGUUCUCUUCCUCCGCCACGCCCAUGUACUUUGGCGUCCUCUCCGAGAUGCGCGACCCGAGGCAGUACACCAAGGCCAUGUGCGGCUCGCUCACCUUCCUCACCUGCGUGUACCUCAUCAUCGGGUCGGUCGUGUACCACUUCUGUGGGCAGUACGUCGCCUCCCCGGCCCUCGGCAGCGCGGGCAUCCUCAUGAAGAAGGUGUGCUACGGGCUCGCGUUCCCCGGCCUGCUCGCCUCGCUCACGAUCUUCAACCACAUCUCGGCCAAGCACCUGUUUGUGCGCAUCCUCUCCGGCUCAAAGCACUUGACGGCCAACUCCUGGACGCACUGGGGCACGUGGCUCGGCUGCACGGGCGGCUCCGUGAUCAUCGCCUACAUCAUCGCGAGCGCGAUCCCAGUCUUCGGCAGCCUGAUCGACUUUAUCGGCGCGCUCCUCUGCCCGCUCGUCGCCAUCAUCCCAGAGCUCUUCAUGUGGUGGCACGACAACAUCCGGACCCGCGAAGCACCGCUCACGAGGCGGCUCAAGAUCCAGCUCGUCGUCAACGGCGUGCUGCUCGUCGUCGCCGCGUACCUCACCGUCGCGGGCACGUACGCCGCCAUCGUGGAGCUCAUCCACACGAGCGUGAACACAGGUCCCUGGACGUGCGCGAACAACUCGGGCAGGCUCGACUAGACGUAGACGUAGACUAGACACUAGACA